CGCCAACCGUUGGAUUCAGUAAGCGAACGGCUCUCGACAGCCACGAAUGUGUUUUUCGUUCUUCGGUUCCCGCGCAUGCAUAUAUACGACAAUAUAUAUGUACUAUCCGAGACUGACCCGCGAAAAACAACACUGUCGUCGUCGCGAAUACGCAGUCUGUGAUCAUUGGCGAGCACGACGACGUGACAGCAUCACCAGCAACAGUAGUCAGAUCGUACAACAUCAACAACCGCGACACAGAUCCGCUUUUCGAAUACAUUAUCCGUCUAUAUUGCAUCUAUUCCCGCGAUCAAAAAAAGUUCUAUCCGUUUCUUUACUCCCAUCAUUUCGGUUUCGGUCAUUUCUCUUCGUUCCCGCAACUGUGGCUUUAAUCAAUCAAACUGGAUUCCAACAAGCAGUGCGUGUCGCGAUUACAUCGCGGCUACCGGAGGCUUAAGAAAUUAUUCAAGCGUGUGGCGAACCAGGCGCUUACCGUUUCGCCACAGCCGGCAGUAACGGUGGAGGGGCCGGUGUCCAAAAUGUCUCCACCGACGAAUGACGUGACCAACGGUGUGGUAGCGCCACCUAAUACCUUGGCGCCCCGGGUUCCACCGACCACGAAUCCGUCUCUCACUACCAUCAACCCACCGACGCACAAGCGUACUCCAAAGGACUUUAUCUUCGGCAAGGUGAUCGGCGAAGGAAGUUUUUCUACCGUUUAUCUUGCCAAGGAUAUCCAUACCAGCAAAGAGUACGCCAUCAAGGUGUGCGACAAACGUCAUAUAAUCAAGGAGAAGAAGACCGAGUAUGUGAAACGCGAGAAGGAAGUGCUGAACAUGCUCGCAAGCGCCAAGCAUUCGUUUGUGCGUUUGUUUUGCACUUUCCAGGACAUGGAGAGACUUUACUUUGUCCUUUCGUACGCUAAAAACGGCGAGCUCCUGCCCUACAUCACCAAAGUGGGCUCCUUUGACAUCGAAUGCACCAAAUUUUACUCGGCCGAGAUCCUGCGUGGUCUCGAGUACCUGCACGGGCUCGGUAUUAUACAUCGGGAUCUCAAGCCGGAAAACAUUUUACUAGACGAGAAGAUGCAUGUGCUUAUCACCGACUUCGGCAGCGCCAAGAUCCUCAAGGACGAUCCGGAGACGGUGCGAACAACGCCCGUUCCCGACGCAGACGCGCAAGAGGAACAAUACUGCAGGGAACGCAAAGGUUCUUUCGUCGGUACCGCUCAGUACGUGUCACCGGAGCUACUGAUCGAAAAGACGGCUAGCAGGGCGUCCGAUCUUUGGGCCCUAGGCUGUAUAGUUUAUCAGAUGGUCGCCGGUUUACCGCCCUUCCGCUCCCGGAGCGAGUACAUGAUAUUCCAGAAGAUCCUGAAACUCGAAUAUGAGAUACCGGACGGUUUUUGCGAGUCGGCUAAGUCGCUCGUCAGUCAGCUUCUUGUGUUGGAUCCGACGAAGCGGCUGGGCGCUCUAGACGAGCAUGGCGCCGGUUAUCCCAGCAUACGGGCGCAUCCCUUCUUCAAGGGCGUUGAUUUCGAAACCCUCCACGAGCAAACACCGCCGCCAAUCUAUCCUUAUCUGCCCGGCACGUCAGAGCAUGAGGAGCUGAGAUCGCAGUAUAGAGUACCUGACAAUCUUGAGCCCGGUCUUGAUGACAAACAGCUCACCAGGCUCCUCGGACUGGGCAUCGGCGAAGACACCGAUGACGACGACGAAGUUACCACUACCGGCACGGAACAGCGCGUUGCUACCAAACCCGUCAGCAAGACCACUGUGACCGCGGAGAAGCCGAUGAGACGGCGAAUCAACAACAACGCCGAAGGCGGCGCCACCGUCGCCGACUUGGCACCGGAGCAGAUUAGAGCGCGGCUGGAGAAGCAACGCACCACGAAUCAGUGGCACAUUUUCGUCGAAGACAAUCUGAUACUGAAGCAGGGCUUUGUCAGCAAGAGAAAAGGUCUGUUUGCCAGGCGAAGGAUGCUCCUGCUUACUACUGGACCGCAUCUAUAUUACGUUGAUCCCGUCAACAUGGUGCUUAAGGGCGAGAUACCUUGGAGUCCCGAGCUGAGAGUCGAGCCGAAGAAUUUCAAGAUCUUCUUUGUUCACACGCCGAACAGGACAUACUAUCUCGAAGACUCCGAAGGAUUCGCAUUGGAGUGGUGUAAAGCGAUCGAGGAUACGCGAGUCCUCUGUUACGGCCUGCAGGAAACGACCGCCCCUUAAAACGGAACGCUCAAGAGAGAAAUCACGAAAAGACACAAAUCUGAUGAGAAAGUGGUAAAAUUCGCGAGUGGCGAUCGUUAACCUAUUUAUUUUCCGACGAGAAAAUAUGGCGAAUCGAUUGUUCCGUCAUCCCGUAUAGCUCAUUGUAAAAAGAUAGAUUAAUUAGGUUUAUCGCGCGCGCGCGCGCGCGCCGAAAUGUGCGCUCUGUACAGUUUAGGCAGAAAGUUAUUAGGCAAAAAUUCCGAAACGCGAUCUCCUUCGUUGCGCGAAUCAUCGCCGUGCGGUGUCCAUUAUCACUUACGUCCGCUAUUUAUUGUCGAUCUUUUUUAGAAAGACUCGCAUUAUUCACAUGCGAGAACCGCACGGCGGUGUUCGUGGAAAAAAAGUCAUUCUAAAUUAAAGGAAAAACGAAGGAUUAGAGACAUUUUUAGCCAAGACUUUGGCUGUGUGUAUUCACAGCGUUUGCUGUCGUGUGACGUAACACGCGAGCAUGAGAGCGUCUUUGCUCGCAUGAGAUCGAGAUCGUUCUGUUAGCAAAGAAAAACAAAAUUCACGCGUCCAAGUUUUUGAUGUUUAAAAUUCUUGUGAUACGCGUAAAUCCGGAUCUAUAACACACGACUAAAUUUUCAUACAAAUCGGUCAUAAAAAAAAAAAAAAAAAAAAAAGCGAUUAAGAUCGUUUGUCUAGGAAAGAACUCUCGACUAAAAGAUACUUCGGUCGCGUCUCACGGCAGCUAUUAUAGUACUUCAAAUAUAAUAGUAAAAUUCGCACGUCACGCGCAACAGAAACGCCGGACGCAAUAUUUAGUUGGAAUUACAAACCGCGCGCGACUCCAGCGUACGUCGCUGCGAAGUUAGACGUCAAUUUAGUCGAAGUUAGCCAAAAAGAAAGAAAUGAAAAAUGCAAUGGAAGAUAGGAAUCACUUGCAGCUUUAACGAAAACGCUUUACGUUGCCUGUAAAGGAUUCCCGGAAUCUCGCGACGUUCCGGACGAUCUUUGCUCUCUUCGCAGUGUACACAGUAUUUGUCAUUGUCGUUCAUCGUUGUUUCCCUUGUUCGUAUUAUCGUUCCUCUUCUAAAUAUUUCUGUAAAUAUUAUAGCGCGUUUUCUACGAAGAGCAGGCCGCGUAAAACCACUUACUUUGUAAUAUAGUAGAUACGUAAGUAGAGAAAAGAUAUUGUUCUUAUACCAUGGCGUUUUUCUCUUGUUUAAUUUAAUUAGAUUUCUCGUCAUCUAGCCCUCGCGGACUCGAGCGUGUGAUCGGUGAUUAGGUGAAAAAUAUCGAGGAAAAGAAAUGGAUGGUUGUAGUAAUUUCCGCACAUUUGUUUUCUAUAGAAAGAAGAAAAAAAGGUAUGACAUGGGAAACGAGAAAAUGAUUCCGUUUCUUCUUCUUUCCGCGAUAGACUUCAUAAACUUCUCGUCUAAAAAAAAAAGAGAAAAAAAGAGUCUAAAUAGCAAUGUAGACUCGUUUGAUAGCUUUAAGAGGCGCUAGCAAAAUUUGUUUAGAACUUAAUGUCAAUUAGUUAUUAUCGUUGUCUACGUCUAUUAUAGUAUGAUUUAUAAUGUUUAUAGCAAAAUUAACGAUUAUUAUUGCUCGUGUAAUUGUUCCGGCAGUCAAGUAUUUGGUGUAAACUAGAAUGUAUUUAGACAGCCUCGCGCUUUUCGUUAAUUUAUUACUGUCGUUACUUGCCUCGAAUUAUUUAUUCUCGUUUUUCUCUCUUUUCAUUUUUAAACAAGUAUACGUGAGGACCGAAGCGUUCGUGUGUAGAUAAAGAUUACAAGAUUACAACUAGUUAUAUAUAUUGUACUAUCGCUAUUACCACUGCGACUAUAUUUACUAUUUAUAUUAUUAUCUCGCUACUACUAUUAACUAUUAUUAUAUUAUAUUAUAUUGUCACCACUGCGUUGUUGCUACGUGUUACUGCGUACAUAUAUAUAUAUUAUAUAUAUUCUAUAUCACGUCAAAUAUUGUCGUUAGACUUAGCUGUUUUUAGAUGUUUAGAUGUAAAUAUAUACGUACUGCCGAUUUUGAUAGGACAGAAAAAUCGAGGCGCGAUCCGACUUGCUUAUAACUGCGACUGAGCCGUAGUUCGACCCCCAUAUGUAUAAUACUUGUAAAAAAUUUACUAUAUAUUUAAAAUUAAUAUACAUAAUUAUAAAUACAUAUAUAAAAUAUUUAUGAAAUGUGAAUAGUAGUUAGGCAAAAAUGAACUAUAUGAACAUUUGUAGGUUAAAAUCACGUUUAGGUUUAAUUCUUGUUGAUACUCGACACGGCUCACUCGCGAUUCUGCUCUAACAAAAAUCUUCACUCUCAUUCUUUCUAUCCUUUUCUCUCUCGCACAAUGAAGACUUAAACAGGGUAUUCGGAAGAACGACCGAAACAGUCGAUGGUUGCGCGCGAUGCGCCGUGUGAAGUUCGAAAAAAUGGUGAUUCGUUCUUUUACGGAUCGGCAUUGUUCUCGCUUGCCCAGUGGCUUUGUCAAAAUGACCGCUUUUGGCGGGCCGCGUACGGUGCGUGCGGACGAAAGGCGGCGAACGAGCGGAUUAACCAUUUAUUGUAUUUUUCGGCCGGACUUCUCUUUCUUCUUUUUUCUAGUGAGAACUGACCGCGAGAGAGAGCUACCUCCUUAGUUUAAAGUCUUAUUUUGGACGAAUUGCGCCUCCGAUUUUGCAAGCGUAAUCCUUCACCGAGAAAAAAAGUACGUGUAUCGCGGAUACUUUGAUUUAUACAUUGCGUGAAGUUAUAUUUUUUCGAACUUAUAGGGAUUAAUACGAUACAUAUUUAUUGCACGUACAAUGUUUUUUUCGGAGGAACGAGUAUGCCUGCAGUCUAAUCGCCGUAUCUUUUACUCGUCAACACUUUUUUUUUUUUUUUUUUUUAAACGAAGUACUCGCAAAUAGAUCGCGCGCGCGUUGUUUCCAUCGCAGCAAACUUUGCAGGUUCUACGUUUUAUGCAGGCGUUGCAAACUUUUAGAUGGGAACAUGCACGCAUUUUAGAGAUGGCGCACAGAUCUUCCAAAAGGGAUUAAUUAGUGAAAGAAAAAUGUUACAAAAACUGUCUCUUUCGGGAUUCCUGUCGCCCUUUAGAUUGUGCGUCAAAAACAGUCAUCCCCUUCUGAUAGAAUAUCAUAGUCGAUUCGCGAAUGUGUCUCCGUAGGACACAGCGAGACGCUACGUCCACUAA